AUGCCCGCCGCCCGCCGGCCGCGCCGGUCGGCUCCUCAUUCGCCGGGGCCAGGAAGGGGGGCUCGGACCGGUAGCGGACGGGUGGGCCUUCCAACCCAGGCCGGGGGGCCGGGGCCCCCUCCGGUCCCCCGGAGGAGGCCCCCCCCCCCGGGGGUCGUCCAGAGGAGGUUCUCCUGCGACCUCACGGUGCCCUCCAUCAAGCGCUCCGGGUCGCACACAGACGACAAGUGGACGGUGGCUCUCCUAGACGCUCCACAGGGCAGCACCAGGAGCAUGGCGGCGUUCUGCCUGUCGGCGUCCAUGCUGGCGGUGAAGUUCCCCCACGGGGACCAGGAGUGUAACCCCGGUGUGGUGAUGGCCCACCUGGCCCCCAGACGCCCCGCUGUGCUGCAGCAGGCCCAGCUCAACUUCAUCGUGGCCAGCGACUGGCAGAACUGCCCCAUCCCCUACCCCAGUGCCUUGAACAAGACGCCGAGGAACCUGAUCGACACCAUCGGCGAUGUGAUGGACAUCCCCGGCCACACGCGGCCGUACUACGUCCUCAAGCUGUGUGACUCUGAGGAGUUCCUCCAGAACGACGAAGCUCUGGGCGACCAUGAGUGCAUCCAGCGCUACCAGAAGUUCAACCGGGACGUCCCGCUACGCCUGCUCCACAUCAGCAGCGUGAAUCGCAGCCUGGCCCGGGACGAGGAGGAUGACAAGGCCCCGUGCCAUCUCUGCAAAUACCUGGGCCCUGCCCUCGUCUUCUUCAUCUCCAGGUUGAGUCUGCAGGAUAUGCUGAACCGAUACGCCCGCGAGGUCAGGGAGCUUCUGAAGAGCCAGCAUGGGAUGAACGUGAAGGUGAUCACGGAGGUGGUGCGGACCGUCAGUAGCCUUCUGUGUGGGGUCACCUCGCAGCAGCUGGAGGAGGCCAUUGGCAUGCUGAACCGGAUCAAGCCCGUUCCCCUGGCUGGUAAAGAUAUGCAACAUUGUGAGAUGGUGCUGGCCCUGCUGCAGCAGGGUCUGCUCCAGAUGCUGAAGGUGGUGUUCGACAGCUUCCAGUCCGACUUCAGGGGCCCGGUGCUGGGCCACGACGCUGUGGCGCGCCGCAUCGAGGACAACACUGAGAUCCUGCAGUUCACCGCCGCGGCGCUCUACAAACUGCAGCCCAACUGGUUGGACAGUUUUGAUUACUUUUCCAUUUCCUGUGUUCUGACACAUGGAGGGAAGAAGCUCUGCGAGGCGGCGGUGUCGGAGAACAUCAGCACCGCGCUGUCGCUAAGCAACAAGAUCGAGUGCAACCGAAAGAUGGUGUUCCCUAUGCUGGUGAACAAGCUGCCCUUUGAGUCCAUGCUGAGCUUCCACCUGAUGGGCUGCAAGCAUGGCAAGAGCCAGGAGGUUCUGCGCUGGGCCGUGCUCCCCCUGUUCGGCUGCAGGGCCCUCGUGAGCGGGACAGUGCUACUGGGCAUGUCCACGCUGGUGGAGCCCCCGGGCCCGCCCACCCCCUCCCUGACGGACGGCCUCCAGCAGCCCACCGGGGUCAUACUACAGCUGGACUUCCCAGAUGAGUUUGAGUGGCGGUACCAGAGGCCCGAGGUGGUGCCGGGGGCGGUGCUGUUCAACCAGCCGUUUGAGGAGCUGCAGAAGAAGAUGGCAGCGCUGUCUAAGAAGCACUGCAUCUGCUUCCUUACAGAGAACGAGCGGGCCUUCCUGUGGUCCAAAAGGCACUGCGCCAUGCCGGGGGUCACCUCCCUCCACCUGCUGCUGGGUGGAGCCCCCUGCUGGAAGCCCGAGGACCUGCCCGAGAUCUACGGCGUGGUGGACCACUGGCCCAUCUCCACCCCCGAGGAGGCUCUGUUCCUGCUGUCGGACAGUUUCCCGGACCCCACGGUGAGGCGCGCUGCGGUGCAGCUGUUUGAGCAGCUUCCCCACGGACAGCUGGAGGUCUUUCUGCCACAGCUGGUACAGGCCCUGAAGUACGAGUGGGAGCUGGACGGCGCCCUGGUGAUGCUGCUGCUGGACAGGUCUAUGAGGAGCGUCAAGAUCGCCCAACAACUGUACUGGCUGCUGGUGGACGCCAUGCUGGACGGGCCCUACCGGGCCUGGCUGGGGAAGGUGCUGGCCGCCCUGAAGCACUGCCUGGGCCGCGCCCUGAGGAAGGAGCUGGAGCAGCAGGCCCAGCUGGUGGCGCUGCUGACGCAGGCCGCCGAGAAGGUCCGCCUGGCCGACAAGACCAAGCGCAAGGAAGUGCUGGAGAGGGAACGGUGGAAGGUCAACGACUUCUUCAUUGACGGGAAGACGUGCCGCCUGCCGCUGGACGCGGCGGUCGAGGUGAAGGGGGUGGACGUGGAGGCCUGCAAGUUCUACAACUCGAACGCAGCGCCAUUGGACAUCUCGUUCAUCUGCACCGACACCCUGGCCAGGAAGACCAGGGUCAUCUGCAAGACCGGAGACAGCCUGCGGCAGGACGCGCUCAUCAUGCAGAUCGUGCGCGUGAUGGACAGGCUGUGGCUGGAGGAGGGGCUGGACAUGCGCAUGGUCACCUACAGAUGUCUGUCCACCGGGAAAGACCAGGGUCUGGUGGAGGUGGUGAAGGACGCCGUCACCCUGGCCAAGAUCCAGCAGGAGUGGGGGCGUGGUGGGGCUCUCCGACAGGACACCCUGGAGAAGUGGUUCCACAUGAGGAACAAGACCAAGGACAGCUACGAUGAGGCCGUCCUCAACUUCCUGUACUCGUGCGCGGGCUGGUGCGUGGUCACCUUCAUCCUGGGCGUCUGCGACCGGCACAACGACAACAUCAUGCUGAAGCACAGCGGACACAUGUUCCACAUCGACUUCGGCAAGAUCAUGGGCAAUGCGCAGAAGUUCGCCAACAUCAAAAGAGACCGCGUGCCUUUCAUCUUCAGCUCGGAGAUGCAGCACUUCAUCACCGGGGGGGGCCGGGACCCGCAGGGUCUCCAUCGCUUCGUGGAGCUCUGCUGCGACGCCUACAACGUGAUCCGCAGACGCUCUGCCCUGGUGCUCAGCCUGCUGGAGCUGAUGCUGGGCGCCGGGCUGCCAGAGAUGAGGUCCAUCGCUGACCUGCAGUACGUUCACAACAACCUGAGGACCCACGACUCAGACCUGGAGGCCACCUCCUUCUUCACCAGGAAGAUCAAGAAGAGCAUGGACUGCUUCACGGUGAAGCUGAACUACCUGAGCCACAUCCUGGCCCAGGGCAAGAAGGAAGGGGCGGCGGCCCCCCCGUACAGCCCGGGCCCCAGCACCGUCAGCGGCAACAGCAGCUCCAACAUCCAGGAGGUCCUCAUCGACAACUACAGCACCAACGGCAAGACCGUGACCUUUGAGGUGAGGGUGACCAUCGACGAUGGUUAUCUGACCAUCAAGAAGACCUUUGGGCAGUUUGAGCUGAUUCACAAGCAGCUGCAGAAACACUUUAUUGCGUCUACUCUACCGCAGUUCCCCUGCUGGUACAGAAUGUCCUUCAACCCGGGCAGGAAGAUGAGCCUGCUCAACAAGUACUUCAAGGAGCUGUUGAACGGGCCGGGCAAAGGGAAUGAGUUUGUCUGCAGCUUGUUACUAGACGGGCCCAAGACAAGUGAAGAAAGUCCAAUCAAUGAAGGAAGUCCUCAGAUCCAGCUUUACAUCACGUAUGCUGAGAACAAGCUCUCAGUCAUGGUGAAGCACCUGAAAAACAUUCGGACGGCCAACGGCUCCAGCCCAGACCCCUACGUGGUGCUGAAUCUGAACCAGGACCUCCAAAAGCCCCUGAAGAGGAAGACCAAGGUCGUCCGCAGCAACAUCAACCCCACCUUCAACGAACUGCUAGAAUACCGAGAUGUCACGGUGAAUGAACACACAGUGCUGGAUGUGAAGGUGAAGAGCAAGAAUAAACUGGUGGCAGCCACCAGCAUUCAGCUGGGGGAUCCGUAUCUGGACCAGGAGAAGUGGCUGCUGCUCUGCAACUGUUAGUACAACACUAGCGCCGCUAGUUGUAGUGACGUGAUACGGCCACAAGAGGGCGCAGCAAUAUUACAAUUCUCGGAAUGACGGAAAGGCAAAGCAUGGGAUUCCCAUAGAAACUCCUGACGGAGAGUUGGAGAACAGAACAGCCGCACUGAAGAAUGGAUCUGUGGAGUAAGGAGGCUCAUUCGCUUGCAAACUCCGCACGCUCCUAGCAGACUGGUUCUAUGAUGUUACGAAUGCUGUUGGGAAGCAAGACAACUCAAAAAGAAUCAAAAAGAGACUGACCACUGUGAUUGUAUUUAUCCUGCUGACCCGUUUUAGUUGUAUUUUCUCCUUUUUCUGUUUCACCUUUUUUAUUUUUUAAAGGGCACUCUUUAAUCUGACUGAGAUGCAAGAUGGACUUGGGGGCCGGAAAUUGAUGAAAUAUUCACGAAAUAAUUCUGCACUGAAAUUAGUUUGUGUGUGUGUGUGUGUGUGUGUGUG